UAGCCUUUUCAUCAAAUAGUCAAGUAAAAUAUAUAUAUUUGCUGUUUAAUAGUUCUCAAGGGAAGAUCUAUGAUUGUUAUAAUUACUUAAUUGCUAAAGGGUAAUAUAAACAACAAAAUCUACUUUGUGGAAAGCUGCUCUAUUUACAGUUAAGCAUAUUUAUAGUCAUAAAUAUUUUAGACCUAUAAGAGGCCUUUUGUUAACUGUAUCUCUGCAGAGUACAAUAAUCCACACUUUUUCUUAGAAUCAUGUUCAGUGAUUUGGUUUAGUUUUCCUUUAGAGGAAACAAGAUAACUUUCACUCUCUAAGGUCUUCUCUUCUACAUCCCUAGAUGAUAUUAGCUUUGCACUCUACAUAAAUAAACUGCACUGCAUAUAAUUACCAGAUAGUUAGAAAAAUACAAGAUGCAGAAGGCUCCUAUAGCCAUGCAUUAUUUCUUAUGCGUUAUGUAUUGUAUGUUCCCAGAGGACCUAAUUCUUGUUUUAAUCUCAGUAACUGUCUAUAGUAGGAUGGAUGAGAGAUAAUAACUAGCCUAAAAUUACUCAUGACCUUCAUGGUGAUGUGACGACUUAAAUCUGAUCUUUUUCUUCCCAUACUAACAUUCAGCCUUUUCUCAUCUGGCUACAGGGACCGCAAUCUCAGAAUUCCCAGCUGCCCUAUGACUAUACUAUAGAAACAACCCACAUCUGUAGCUCCUUUCAUCUGAAUCUACCGUACCAUUCUCAAAGGAGCACUUGCUAUGCAACCAAAGCAAAGCUUGAUAUUUUCCAUUGCAGUGAGUGCUUGUAAGAUGGAAAGAGUAAGACAAAAGUUAUCAGGAGAAAUUUCCAGCAUAUAUUUAUUUAAUAAGGCCUGCAACUUGUUUAGGAAACUGAGGAAUUUGAACAAUUAUGCCGGGAGUGCAUGGCUGUGUCUCUUCUUUUUAAGAUUUCCUUAUUGAUCAUCAUUGAUGGAGCCUCCUAGGGCUACACUCAAAAACACUGGAAGAAUAUUUUUUUAUUAUUACUCAAAAAACUUGCUUAAGGCAAUACUCAUGUACCUGGGCAUACAGAUAUACUUCCUGGCUGUGAAUGUUUCUGUCUACAUACAGUGGGGAGCAGUUCAUCUUUAAAUAACAGCUUUAUGAGCCCAUUAAUAGUCACCUGAGCAGACAGCCAAAAGUGGAAGUGAGAAACUGGUUGGAAAGGAAGGAAUGGUGGUAGUCACUGAGGUGCAGAAUAGGUGCAAAACAGAGUUAUCUCAUAACUGCAGGACCUAAGGGAGGAGCCAGUUCAAGCUGAGGCAACCCAUUCCAAUCCAAAAUCUCCUCCACUGAUACAAGGGUAUUAAAAGAGUGGAUGGCAUUGUUCCCCUUAGACAAACCUCUAGGUUUGCAUACUUUUGCAAUUGUUUUCACUGCUCUGUGUCAGUUCUUAACCAGUCCUUCCCAUUGUUCCCGGUUGUGCUCCAAUGUGGUUGUGCUGACUGAGAAUGCUCUGCAUUGCAAUAUACUAGAGUACCUGGCUGAAGAAGACUCCUCGGAAGGUUAUUGGGCGAAGUACAACGCAAAAAGAGAAAAGGACCCUGUCCUCUAGGAGGGAACACUUUAGUCCUGCUCCUAACAAGCUUCCUUCCUUCCUUUUUUCCUACAUUUUGCAGGACCGAGCGCCUGAGUCGACCGUGUGCUGGCCUAUCGUUGUAGUCUUGGAUUUGAAGGGCGACCAUUAAUUUGAUCACACUUGUCGCUCCGUCUUCUCAAUAGAGACACGCCCCAUCGAGGCGCAACGGGGUCUGGGGAAUAUUACUGAAAAGAUGCGAGCUUUCCCAACGCUCCUCUAAGUCUGGCUUUCGGGGUCUAUUUUUAAAAACGUUAAAUCCAUUUAUGACUCAGGAGAAUAAAUUCACAAGCCUUUAAUCCCGCUCAUCGGAUUCUCUGGGCCCGACGUUCGUUUUCUUUCUCCUGCCUACGUGUCUGCGCUCCAGGCGUCGAGCCUUUUUUUUUUUUCCCCAGGGCGGUUCUGGGCAGAGAUCGGAUCCGAGAGCCCGUCUUGCUGACUGCGCCCCGCGCCGCCUCCCAGGGCACAUUUGGGAGGGAAGAGCCUACUUGGGGAGUUAGCAGUAGCGGCAAAGAGAACAGUGCCCAUUUUUUCCCGCCAUCGGGGAAAGUUGUCCUGUGGAUGUUUUGCGAGAGUCGGCAUAGCAGUUCAAAGGCUGGCCGUCCUGCAGGUGACUCCUUCCUUCUUACGAAGCUCCUCAAUGUGCCCAUAGCCUGUAUCCUUCGCUCGCUCGCAGCAUGGUGGACUUGUUCAGCGGGCGGAUCCUGGUGAACCUGGAGGGCGGCUUCGUGGAUCCCGAGCAGGCUUUGGAGAACAAAAUCGUGGGCUUGUACUUUUCGGCCGCCUGGUGCUCCCUCUGCAGGGACUUUACCCCGACGCUGUGCGAUUUCUACAGCGCAUUGGUGGAUGUCGAUAAUCCGGCCCCUUUACGGAUCGUCUUCAUCUCGUCCGACCGCAACCGGGAAGAAAUGGCGAGCUUUAUGUACAAGAUGCACCCGGGCUGGCUGGCCUUGCCCUUCCACGACCCCCUUAAGCAUGAACUGAAGAAGAAAUAUAACAUAACAGCCAUUCCCAAACUUGUGAUUGUUAAACAAACUGGAGAAGUCAUUACUGAUAAAGGGAGAAAGCAGAUUCAUGAGAGAGGGCUCAACUGCUUUCAAAACUGGCUUGACGGGGCUGAUAUUUUUCAGAAUUUUUGUACUUGAACCAAAAUAGUAUUUGCAGACUUGAACAAAACAAAAUCUUUGCUAUCUACAACUAGACUAAGAGUGAAAAUUACAUUCUCCUUUUUUAAUGUUGACCUGCUUAAUUUUGAAUCCUACAUGGCUGGAAUAAUUAGACAUCGUUCAUAAUUCUCUCUUCUAUAUUGUUGCUAUUUAUACUUUUAUUACAUAGAAGAGACAAAAGUAGUCUUAAUAUUAUUGCAUUUGUAAACUUGAUUGAUAAUUGGUUAUCAGAUUGAUAAUUUGAUGAAACUGCUAAUUUAUUUAAUAUGUCUAUAGCUCUUAAAAAGAGUACUAUUCUACAUCUAUGCAAGCACAUUAUUUUUGCAGAGAUAAAAACAUUUUAAAGAAAAUGUAAUAAUUCUUGAAAAUGCAAUCUUUUUGCAUGUGGAUUUAAAAUGUAUAUACUACUAUAAUAAUAAAAUUAGUUUUAAUAAA